AUGACAUCAUCAUCAGAAGGAGAGAUUCUUCAAGUUGGACAGGUCAUCAGAGAACGAUGGAAAAUAGUGAGUCUAUCUGGAGAGAAUUACUGUAGAAUCAUCUCUUUUCAGAAGGCGAAAAUAGGUGGAGGUGGAUUUGGAGAAAUCUAUGAGGCCACAGAUGUUCAGAAUCAUCAUGAACGGGUAGCAAUAAAGGUUGAAUCUAGCAAAGCGACGAAACAAGUGCUCAAAAUGGAGGUCGCAGUUCUUCGACGACUCCAAGGCAAAAAACACGCGUGUAAAUUCUACGGGUGCGGUCGAAACGACAAAUUCAAUUACUUGGUGAUGAGUCUACAAGGCAAAAAUCUGGCCGAUUUGCGAAGAGAAGCACCAAAACAGUGCUUCAAUUUGAGUACGGCCGUUCGAGUCGGACUACAAAUUCUAAACGGGAUCCGCGAAAUUCAUUCAAUUGGAUUCUUGCACAGAGAUGUCAAACCGUCGAACUUCGCAAUGGGACGAACAUCACAAACCAUGCGAAAUGUGUACAUGUUAGAUUUCGGUCUUGCCCGUCAAUAUUUGAAUGCAAAAGGAGAAAUCAGAAGUCCCAGAAGUGCGGCUGGAUUCCGAGGGACUGUUAGAUAUGCAGCUGUCACUGCACAUAAGAACAAGGAAAUGGGAAGACAAGAUGAUUUGUGGUCCCUUUUCUAUAUGCUCACAGAGUUUCUUCAAGGACAGUUGCCAUGGAGAAAAAUUAAAGACAAAGAUGAAGUUGGAAAAAUGAAAGAAGAAGCAGAUUUGAAUGCUCUUUUGGAUGACUGUCCAAAUGAAUUACAUCUUUUUGCGGCUCAUUUGAAAACUCUCGGAUAUGCUGAUACUCCUGAUUAUAACUACUUGGAAUCACUUCUCAAUAAAAUCGUCAAAGACAAUGACAUCAGUUGGGAAGAACCGUACGAUUGGGAAUUGGGUUACGAUAACAUGGCGAGUAGACAAAAACAGCAAACAAAUGGGAAUAUAUCAGCUAGAUUGAAAUCCCAUACGACCGCAGUAAUCAGAGAUCAACGAAACGAGAACAGGGCUCUUGAUACGCAAGCACCGAUAACAAUGGGAGAAGAUGAAGACGAACAAACGAAUGGACAAAUGGCAAAUUUAGGGGCGGGGUUCGAAAGUGCACACGAAAAAGCGGCGGAGAAACCAAAGUACAAAAGGCACGAAUUCCUAAAACCUAAAUAUGGAACUGUAAAUUUGGAUGUUAUUGAUGCUGUCAACGCAAGAUUCGCAGCUUGUGACGAAGAAAACUAUCGAGGAGGAUCCGCAGAUGUUGAAGCAAACUUCCAGUUGCCAUCUUCGAUCUUGAAAACUCAAGCACAAGUUGCAGAGUCUUCUCUUUCUAUUAAGAGGGUUGCAGGACUUCCUGUUGACAAAACAAGGAGUAAUAAAUCCAUUACGCUAUCCAUCAACAACCGAUAUAAAUCUGGUGCAAAAACAAAUAAGAUCUCGUCAUUCGAUAACACAAAUGCUCAAAUGGAUGACAAUUCAGCGAACAAUGUGAGAACUGCUCAGACGAUAAUGAGCAAAUGGCAAGGAUCAUUUGACGCGAGUUGUGAAGAAAUGAUGGAUGGUGCAGACACGGAAGAAAGAGCUCAAGGAAGACUGAAUCCAGCAUUCCCAGUUCCAAAAGCUUCUUUACUCUCAACUCCACGAUCAAUGGACUCGAAUACAUCACCGGGUGGUAACUCCCCAUCUUCUCCAAUGAAUCCAAGAGCUUCUCCAAUACAACAACGCCGACUAUCUCGAUCAGAAAAAGACAGAAAUGGAAUGCAUCGGACGGCAAGUUGUGGAGCUCCUCAAUCAAACAGUAUUAUUAGUCAUUUCAAGGGAUUGAUCAAUUCCUUCAACAAUCUCGGUGUUGGUAGUCGGUUAUCAAGAACGACGUCCAUUGAUGAAACUGCGAAUCGCCAAAAUUCUGCACCUCCUCCAACGAGUCAACACCAAACGGCCUAUCGAAACGAUGAUAACAGUUACGGAAUGAGACAUUCGACAUCGAUGGGAGUUCAAAACAGUCAGAAUACGCAACGAAUCAGUGCAACGUUUAAUGCAUUCGAGUCGCCAGAAGAACGAGAAAGACGAAGAGAACGAAGAAUGAGACGACGAAGUGUUGAAAGCAACGGAAGAGUGAGUUUUUCUUUUAAAGUCGAAUUGGAGACUCCUCCUCCAUCAGUUCGUUCUCCAGUCAUCGUCAACAAAUCAUCAGUUGUUCAUGCACCUGCAAACUCUCCUCCUGUAAAAAUUCGUGAUAACGGAAUCGACGAAGAAUUCCGAAUUCCACUCGAAGAAAACAACAAACCGCUGCUUUUCUAUAAACGAAAAAGAUAUCAAUUUUUGAAUUUUCCAAGAACUUCAUCUAAAUCAUAG